AUGCUGCUGGUGCUGCUGGUGCUGCUGGGGGGGGCCCGGGCGGCCAGGACCCCCCGGGAGCUCUUCCCCGUGAAGGAGCUGCCGCUGGACAUGGCCCCCGACGCCUUCGACGACGAGUACCGCGGCUGCGCCGAGGCGAUGGAGGCCGAGCUGGCGGAGCUCAACCGCACCGAGAUGGCCGGCAACGCGGUGUACGCGGAGGCGUGGGCCGGCGCCGCGGCCCGCUGGGGCGAGGGGCGUCCCGGGGCUCCCCGGCCGCCGGCGCUGCGCCCGGCGCAGGAGCUGGCCAUCCUGGCCUACACCAUGCAGGGCCCGUUGCACGGCGCCUUCAACGCGGCCGUGCGGGAGGCCGGCCGCUCCCGCCGCCGCUACCUCGACGCCUUCCCCUUCAAGACCUUCCACUUCCUCCUGAGCACCGGGCUGCGGGCGCUGCGCGACGCCGGGCCCCGGCUCUGCCGCAGGGUCUACCGCGGCGUCCGCGGCGUCCGCUUCGCCGCCCGGCUCGGCCGCCCCGUGCGCUUCGGCCACUUCGCCUCCGCCUCGCUGCGCAACGGCAGCGCCUGGCGCUUCGGCCAGGACACCUUCUUCUCCGUGGAGACCUGCUGCGGCGUCGCCAUCGGCGGCUUCUCCUUCUUCCCCGAGGAGGAGGAGGUCCUCAUCCCGCCCUCCGAGAGCUUCGAGGUCACCGGCGUGGCCCGCGCCGGCGGCCGGGUGCUCAUCGAGCUCCGCUCCCAGGGCUCGCGCAGCACCUACAACUGCGCGUUCCUGCAAGAGAAAAGAUGCAAGACGCAGCCGUGCGUGUUCAGCGCAGGCAGCAGCAGCCCCGGGGCCCCCCCGAGCCUCUGGGGGCUGCUCCUGGCCGUCAGCGCUGUGACAGCAGCAGGACGUCCCUGA